AUGACAACAUUUUCGCUGGUGGCGCUCUCUAUCCUGAUCCUACUGCUUUUCGUGGGAUCCCAAAAACGAGUUUUACAUUGGCUCAGAAAAGCAUCAUUGCAAAAUGCCUGUUCUCAAGGGCCUUCUGACCCUAAGCGCAUGGCUCCAUAUCCAGCACAGCCGAUUCGAGGUCGAGAACGAUAUCGGAUUUUAAUGGAUGUCCGCCGAUUAGACACCCAGAAUUGGCUCACUCUCGACAAGAACUAUAUGGAUGAGCAUCGAGUCAGAGACCAAUUGCUACGAGAAAAGAGAGACAACGUUCUUCAAUGUCUGCCUGAGUCUCUCGUUGCUUGCCAAGAAACUCUAGAAGAAGUGUCGGAGUUCCUUUGUGAGCGCUUCCCCGGCAUGUUCAAGAAGACAGUCCAGGGGAAUGAGACGUGGGUUGAAAACAAAACCACGAAGGAGAGAUUUAAUAUCAGUGGCCAAGCCACUGUGAACAGCACUGAUGCCCUGGAGGCGGCAGUGCGGCUCACAAUGGAGGACCUCAGUGUUCUGAUGAUGAACGACGAUGGCGAAUAUUACCUGGCUGCCAGCGCGAGUUUGUUCCCUACAGGGUGGACAGUUGAUCAACGCAUCGGUUGGACAAUCUCCCAAAUGCACGAACCAGUUCCCCUCUGGCACCAACAAGUAGCCAACUCGGUCAGCAAAUUUCUGGCUCGUUUAUCUCCAACAUCGCCAAUGGAGCGCUCGAACUACUUCGUGGAAAUCAAGCGACCAGACGAAGAUCUUUAUCAAAUUCUAUACCGACCUGGAUCUCUAUGUGAAAAGGAACUGAUUGAUCCGUCGCCUAAUGAAAUCAUCAUCCGUCGUGAAAGACAAACCUUCCGCCGCCUACCACGAACAGGCGCAAUAGUGUUUGGUGUUAAAACCUAUCUGACACCAAUCAGCCAGCUACCAAUGCAAGAAUUGGAGAAUCUGGCUAAGGAGAUGAAGACCUGGCCAGAAUAUGUAAGUGAAUACAAGGGCAAGGACGUGUGGGGCAGAAAGGUCCUGGAGUAUUAUAACAAACGUGUUGCGGAGAAUCAGAUAAAGUUCUCGGAGAAGGAGGUUUUUACUGAGGUAUGA